GUGAAUUCGAUAUGGAAUUGAAUUUUGUGAUACAGGAUGCGCAGAAUAUAAAGCAUAUGCUGGAGCUGCUGGAUCAUUGUCCGCCCAAUUUGCAGGCCGAGAUCUGGAGCGUUUUCAUAGCGAUUCUGCGAAAAAGCGUUCGCAAUCUGCAGGCCUGCACAGAUGUGGGACUUAUCGAGCACGUUCUGGUGCGCUUGCAGCGCUCCGAAACGGUUGUGGCAGAUCUGCUCAUCGAGAUGCUGGGCGUAUUGGCCAGCUAUAGCAUAACGGUCAAGGAGCUGAAGCUGCUCUUUGGCACGAUGAAGGCCAACAAUGGCAAAUGGCCGCGUCACUCGGCCAAGUUGUUGAAUGUCCUGCGACAGAUGCCGCACCGCAACGGACCCGAUGUGUUCUUCAGCUUUCCCGGCCGCAAGGGAUCGGCAAUGGUGCUGCCGCCGCUGGCCAAAUGGCCCUACGAAAAUGGAUUCACCUUUACCACCUGGUUUCGAUUAGAUCCAAUUAACUCGGUGAACAUUGAGCGAGAGAAGCCCUAUCUCUAUUGCUUCAAGACAUCGAAGGGCGUGGGCUACACGGCCCACUUCGUGGGCAACUGUCUGGUCCUCACAUCGAUGAAAGUCAAGGGCAAGGGCUUUCAGCAUUGUGUCAAAUAUGAAUUCCAGCCACGCAAGUGGUAUAUGAUUGCCAUUGUGUACAUAUACAAUCGUUGGACAAAGAGCGAAAUCAAGUGCCUCGUGAAUGGACAACUGGCGUCUUCAACUGAAAUGGCCUGGUUUGUUUCCACAAACGAUCCCUUUGACAAGUGCUACAUUGGCGCCACGCCCGAGCUGGAUGAGGAGCGCGUCUUCUGCGGGCAAAUGUCGGCGAUUUAUUUGUUCAGCGAGGCGCUGACCACGCAGCAGAUUUGUGCGAUGCACCGCCUGGGGCCGGGCUACAAGUCGCAAUUCCGCUUCGAUAACGAGUGCUAUCUGAAUCUUCCGGACAAUCACAAGCGGGUGAGUCACUUUCAACUAACAAGCAGUUUGGGUGGUGCGCUGCUGGUUGGCAGCGAUGCCGCUGCCCUCGUCGCAGCCGGCAGCAGUGGCAGCAACAGCAAUAGCAGUAGCAGCAACAACAACAGCAACAACGCCCAGCAGCUGCAGCAACAACAGCAGCAGCAGCAGUUGCAGCUGCAGUUCCAGACGCUCGCCGCCGAGCAGGAAGCGAGCGCCAUUGACUGGUCCGACGAGCGGCUCGAUUUGAGUGCGGCCUUUGUCAAAAUACGAGCAGUGCUAACUGCGCGCAAUGCAGUUGCUUUGGCAGCGCUGGCGGGCGCUGGUGCAGCACCAGCAGCAGCCGCAACAGCGACGGCAGCGGCAGCGGCAACGGCAACGGCAGCUGUUGCCGCCGCAGCAGCAAGCACGCCUGGCACGCCCAACGAUGGCAGCAACAGCCACUCCGACCAGCAACAACUAGCUAACAGCAGCAACAGCAACAACAGCAACAACAACAACAGCAACAAUAGCAACAAUCACAGUGCAGAUGAUCCGCUUGGCCAUUUGCCCACUGGAAAUGCUUCUUUUGACCAGCUGCGUCGCAUGUCCAGCUUGACCAGCCUGAGCUCCAUGGGCGUCGCCGCCGCCGCAGCCAACGCCGGCGACACUGAGGAAAUCAACCAGCUCAAAGCUGUGCUGUACGAUGGCAAACUAUCGAAUGCCAUUGUCUUCAUGUACAAUCCGGUGGCAACCGAUGGUCAACUUUGUUUGCAGUCUUCCCCCAAAGGAAAUGUUUCAUAUUUUGUACACACGCCGCACGCGCUGAUGCUGCAGGACGUCAAGGCCGUCGUCACGCAUUCCAUUCACUGCACACUCAAUUCGAUUGGCGGCAUUCAGGUGCUGUUUCCGCUCUUCUCUCAGCUGGACAUGGCGCACGAGGGCAUAAGCGAUAUCAAGCGGGAUCCGACGCUCUGUUCAAAGCUUUUGGGCUUCAUCUGCGAGCUGGUGGAGACAUCGCAGACUGUGCAACAGCACAUGAUACAGAAUCGAGGUUUCCUCGUGAUAUCCUUUAUGCUGCAGCGAUCGUCGCGCGAACACCUAACUCUGGAGGUACUCGGCUCGUUUCUCAAUCUAACCAAAUAUCUGGUCACGUGUCUCUCGGCCAACAGCGAUCUGCUGCUCAAGCAGUUGUUCUGUUUCUCGUUUCUCACGUGGCAGCUGCUCGAUCACGUGCUCUUCAAUCCGGCGCUGUGGAUCUAUACGCCAGCCAAUGUACAGGCACGCCUCUAUUCGUACCUGGCCACCGAGUUCCUCAGCGAUACUCAGAUCUACAGCAACGUGCGGCGCGUCAGCACCGUCCUGCAGACAGUGCAUACACUGAAGUAUUACUAUUGGGUUGUCAAUCCGCGUGCCAAGAGCGGCAUCAUACCAAAGGGCUUGGAUGGUCCGCGACCGGCUCAGAAGGACAUCUUGGCUAUACGCGCCUAUAUCCUGCUGUUCCUCAAGCAGCUCAUUAUGAUCGGCAAUGGCGUCAAGGAGGAUGAAUUGCAAAGCAUACUCAACUAUCUGACCACCAUGCAUGAGGACGAGAAUCUGCACGAUGUACUGCAGAUGCUCAUCUCGUUGAUGUCGGAGCACCCGAGCUCAAUGGUACCUGCAUUCGAUGUAAAGCACGGCGUGCGCAGCAUCUUCAAGCUGUUGGCCGCCGAAAGUCAAUUGAUACGCCUCCAGGCACUAAAGCUGCUCGGCUUCUUCCUCUCGCGCAGCACACACAAACGUAAGUACGAUGUCAUGUCGCCGCACAAUUUGUACACGUUAUUAGCGGAGCGUCUGCUGUUGUACGAGGAGUCAUUGUCGCUGCCCACAUACAAUGUGCUCUUCGAAAUUAUGACCGAGCACAUCUCACAGCAGAUAUUGUACACGCGCCAUCCGGAGCCAGAGGGCCAUUACCGUCUGGAAAACCCAAUGAUACUGAAGGUGGUCGCCACACUGAUACGCCAGUCGAAGCAGACCGAGUCCCUGAUCGAGGUGAAGAAGCUCUUUCUGCAGGACAUGACUCUGCUGUGCAAUAGCAAUCGCGAGAAUCGUCGCACUGUACUCCAGAUGUCCGUCUGGCAGGAGUGGCUCAUUGCCAUGGCCUACAUCCAUCCGAAGAACACCGAGGAGCAGAAGAUCAGCGACAUGGUCUACUCGCUCUUCCGCAUGCUGCUGCACCAUGCCAUCAAGCAUGAGUACGGCGGCUGGCGCGUCUGGGUGGACACUUUGGCCAUUGUCCACUCGAAGGUCUCUUAUGAGGAGUUCAAGCUGCAGUUUGCCCAGAUGUACGAGCACUAUGAGCGACAGCGCACCGACAACAUCACCGAUCCCGCCCUUCGUCAAGCCCGCCCCAUCAGCACCAUCAGCGGCUGGGAGCGCGAGGAGCUGCAACAGCAGCAGAACGGCCCGAUUGCACCUCAGCAGCAGCAGCAGCAGCAGCAACAGCAGCAGCAACAGCAGCAACAGCUGCCGGCCAUAAAGAGCGCAGUGUCCGUGGCCUCGCUGGAGGAUGUGCCACCCGUCGAGGAGGAGGCAGAGGAGCUGGAGCUGGAGAGUGUCGAUGUGGAGGCACAGGAGCUGCAGCUGAGCGAAGAUGUCGCCCCGACCCCGACCGACUCCUGCAUCUGCACUACCAACGGGCAGCCAGCCGACACGGAUCAAGCCAAGUCGCAAGAGCAGCAGGAGCCGGUCAACAAAUCGGUGAUUGCCAACAUUUCAGAUGUCUACAAUGAGCAAAUCAAAACGGACGAAGCGCUGCAAAGCGCUCCGGCGGCCACUUGCAAUGGCAGCCUCCGUCCCAGUCCGUCGGAGGAGAAACCGCAGCUCGCCGAGCAGCAGACACCAGUUGGUGGCCAGGCAGCGCUCAAGGAGACGCUGCAAAUUGGCGAGGACCUGGACGAACUGGAGCUGGCGACAGCCAAGGAUGCGCUCGACGUGGAGCAGCAUGUGGCUCAGGUGCUGCAGGCGUCGGAGGCAGCAUUGAAUGACUGCAAAAUGGUCGUAGACGAUGUCCUGCACGAGUCCUCGUCCGUGCUAAAGGACGAGGAGAUCGAGCUGGCCGUCAACGAGGUGGUGCAGGGCGUGCUCAAGAGCGAGAAGAAGACGCCAGCACAGGACAAUGUCAGUCUGCUCAACAGCAAGAAUCUGCUCAACAACAACAACAACAACAACAUCAACACUACCAGCGAGUCAGAGGAGCUGCAGCAGAAGGCGAACAAAGCGCCGGAGGCCGAAGUGAAUGCUAACGAGAUCAACAGCGAGGAGUCAACAGCAGCAACCACAACGCAGCUGGAGAAGAGAGACAGCCCAGAGGGUGCAGAUCAGGAACAGGAGUCUAACACAGCCUCAGCAGCAGCAGCAGCAAACACCAAUCAAAAGACUGAAGAUGCGGCCAACAAGCUGAACAACAACGAGAAACUGGAGCUCAGCAACAGCUCCAGCCCGAGCUCUAGCUCCAGCUCCAGCCAGAUGCCAGCAGCAGCAGCUGCAGCAGCAGCGAGUGGCGAGCAGGAGCUGAGCUCAACGCCGAGCAGCGACGAGCUCACGGAGUCCACAACAAAUGUGAUUGCAGUGACCGCAGAGCCCGAGCUGGAUGAGACGACAGAGGAUAUGGUGGCCACAGCGGUGCGCGACAUUGUUGAGCAGCUCAUCGACAAGGUAAUCGAUGCAGCCGAGGCGGAGACCAAAGCCGCAGCCGCAGCCGAAACUGAAACCGAAUCCGAAACCGUAACUGAAACCAACAACAAUGAAGUUCAAAAGGCAGCCACAAAGCUGGCAGAGGCAGAGCCCGAGCCGGCAACAGAGACGGAGACAGCCAUCGAGCCAGAUAUUGAAAAGGAUGCCGAACAGGAACAGGCAAGCGUUGCCGCCGCCGCAGAGGAGAUAGUCCACGAGGUGGUCGAAGCGGCACUCGAUCUGGCCGAGGCACAAGCUCAGCCCCAGGAAUCAGUGGAGGACCAAGUGCCAGCCAUUGUCAAUGCCGUUCUAGACACUCUAGUGGAUGAGACCGUCAAGGCUGUGGCCUCUGAGCAGACCACACAAACCUCACCAACGCCCGAAGAGCAGCCAGCGCACGUUGAGCCGCUGGCCAAGUCCGAGGAGGCUGCUCCGAUUGCGUUGCGCACGAAGCCCAACGAGGUGGACUCCACAACGCAAACAACGCCAAAGAUCGAGGCGGAUGCACACAAGGGCCUCGACGAGCUGCCCGAAGCCGAUGCCGAUGUCGAUGCCGAUGCCGACGUCGAUGCUGAUGCCGAUAUCGACGACGAUGCACAGGAUACAACCAACGCCGACGACGACGACUACGCCGUACAGCAAUCGCAGCCGGCAGCAGCCUCGUCUGCUGUCAACGCAGAAGGUGCGGUCCACAUGGAGGGCCAUCAUUAUGUUGCGGGCGCCACAGGCGGCGUCGAGGGGGGCAAACAGCAGCGCUCCAAGUCCGGCUCAACUCGUCCCAUGUUCAGUCCGGGACCGACCCGUCCGCCGUUCCGCAUACCGGAGUUCAAAUGGUCCUACAUACAUCAGCGACUGUUGAGCGAUGUCCUCUUCUCCCUGGAGACAGACAUCCAAGUGUGGCGCAGUCAUUCCACCAAGAGUGUCCUCGACUUUGUCAACUCCAGCGAGAAUGCAAUCUUUGUGGUCAACACGGUGCAUCUGAUAUCCCAGCUGGCCGACAAUCUGAUCAUUGCCUGCGGCGGACUUUUGCCGCUGCUCGCCAGCGCCACAUCCCCCAAUUCCGAGCUGGAUGUGCUGGAGCCGACACAGGGCAUGCCGCUGGAGGUGGCUGUGUCCUUUUUGCAGCGUCUGGUCAACAUGGCCGAUGUCCUGAUCUUUGCCACCUCGCUGAACUUCGGCGAACUGGAGGCCGAGAAGAACAUGUCCAGCGGCGGCAUCUUGCGCCAGUGCCUGCGCCUCGUCUGCACCUGUGCCGUGCGCAACUGCCUCGAGUGCAAGGAGCGCACACGCUACAAUGUGGGCGCCCUGGCACGCGAUGUGCCCGGCGCGGCGCAUCUGCAGGCGCUCAUACGCGGCGCUCAAGCCUCGCCGAAGAACAUUGUGGAGUCAAUCACCGGUCAAUUAUCGCCCGUCAAGGAUCCUGAGAAGCUGCUCCAGGACAUGGACGUCAAUCGCCUGCGGGCCGUCAUCUAUCGCGAUGUGGAGGAAACGAAACAAGCGCAAUUCCUAUCGCUGGCCAUCGUCUACUUUAUCUCGGUGCUGAUGGUAUCCAAAUAUCGGGACAUUUUGGAGCCACCCGCAGAGCCCCAAAUUCAACGUCAAUCCCCGGUGCUGCAGCGCAGCGCGGGCAGCGGCGGUCGUCAGAUUCAGGACAGCGACUACGAGAUCAUCGUCGUCGAUGAGAACAAUCCGUCGGUGCUCGCUGAUAACGAUUCCCACUCGAGUGGCCCGCCGUCCAUAAAGAGCGUGGACUCGGAUGUGGUGUCGCUGAACAUGAACUCGACAGAAAACGAGGUGCCCGAGGUGGAGUCGUCCAGCGACAUUUUGGCCGACGAUCACAAGCCGAACAACUCGAACGACGAGAGCUGGACGGAUGUCAAUCUGAAUGAGGACGCAGCUGUGCAGGCGGCAGCCAGUGCAGGACUCGUUGUCGGCCUCGUGGAUGCCAGCGACAGUGCCAAGCAUGAGCAGCAUCAGCAGCAGCAGCAGCAACAGCAGCAGCAGCAGCAGCAACAGGGAGUUUCCCGUCUGGGCAUGGGCGUGGGCAGUGAGCGUGGGGAUAAGCCCGAUUCGGAGAUAUCGGUGGUGCGUGUGCCGGAUGGUUAUGGUGUGGGUGGUGCAGGCGUGGCCGCUGGCGGUGCCGGCAAUGCGAACACCGUGCCCGGCACACAGCAGCAGCAGCAGCAGCAGCAGCGCACGCGACCCGAUGAGCUGCCCAUGAAGCCGCCGGCGCUGGUUGCCCAGCUGCCGCUGACGACGCCGUCGCGGGAGGCAAGCCUCACGCAGAAGCUGGAGAUAGCUCUGGGUCCUGUGUGUCCGCUGCUGCGCGAAAUAAUGGUGGACUUUGCGCCCUUCCUCUCCAAGACGCUGGUCGGAUCGCACGGCCAGGAGCUGCUGAUGGAGGGCAAGGGUCUAACCACCUUCAAGAACUCCCAUUCCGUUGUGGAGCUGGUCAUGCUGCUCUGCUCGCAGGAGUGGCAAAACAGCUUGCAGAAGCAUGCCGGCCUCGCCUUCAUUGAGCUAAUCAACGAGGGCCGCCUGCUCUCCCAUGCCAUGAAGGAUCACAUUGUGCGCGUGGCCAACGAGGCUGAGUUCAUACUGAAUCGCAUGCGCGCCGACGAUGUGCUGAAGCACGCCGACUUUGAGUCGCAGUGCGCCCAGACGCUGCUGGAGCGGCGCGAGGAGGAGCGCAUGUGCGAUCACCUGAUCACAGCCGCACGCCGUCGAGACAACGUCAUCGCCAGCCGACUAUUGGAGAAGGUGCGCAACAUCAUGUGCAAUCGCCAUGGCGCCUGGGGCGAUGCCAAUGGCAUUGGCUCCAUUACCAGCUCGCUAACAGCGACCGUUGGCCCGCUGGCGAAGGCCACCUACUGGAAGCUGGACGCCUGGGAGGAUGAUGCUCGUCGUCGCAAGCGCAUGGUGCAGAAUCCGCGUGGCUCUUCGCAUCCGCAGGCCACGCUAAAGGCGGCACUGGAGAACGGUGCACCGGAGGAUGCCAUCUUGCAGACACGCGACGAGUUCCACACGCAGAUUGCGGUGUCCCGGGCGCAUCCGUCGUCCCAGCACAACAGCGAGCUGUUGGACGAUGCCGAGCUGCUCAUUGAGGAUCGCGAACUCGAUCUGGAUCUGACCGGACCCGUCAAUAUCAGCACCAAGGCGCGUCUGAUAGCGCCGGGACUGGUGGCGCCCGGCACUGUUUCGAUUACCAGCACCGAGAUGUUCUUCGAGGUGGACGAGGAUCAUCCAGAGUUUCAUAAGAUCGAUGCCGAGGUGCUCAAGUACUGUGACCAUCUCCACGGCAAAUGGUACUUUUCCGAGGUGCGAGCCAUUUUCUCGCGUCGCUAUCUGCUGCAGAACGUGGCGCUGGAGAUCUUUUUGGCCAGCCGCACCUCCAUUCUGUUCGCCUUUCCCGAUCAGCAUACCGUCAAGAAGGUGAUCAAGGCGCUGCCACGCGUGGGCGUCGGCAUCAAGUAUGGCAUACCGCAGACUCGGCGAGCCUCGAUGAUGUCGCCCCGCCAACUGAUGCGAAACUCGAACAUGACCCAGAAAUGGCAGCGACGCGAAAUCUCCAACUUUGAGUACUUGAUGUUCCUCAACACGAUCGCCGGCCGCACAUACAACGAUCUGAACCAGUAUCCGAUCUUUCCCUGGGUGCUAACCAAUUACGAUUCGAAGGACCUGGACCUUAGCCUGCCCUCCAACUAUCGUGAUCUGUCGAAGCCGAUUGGCGCACUAAAUCCAUCGCGCCGCGCCUACUUUGAGGAGCGCUACGAGAGCUGGGACAGCGAUACGAUUCCGCCAUUCCACUACGGCACCCACUACUCGACCGCCGCCUUCACUCUCAACUGGCUGGUGCGUGUGGAGCCAUUCACGUCCAUGUUCCUGGCGCUGCAGGGUGGCAAAUUCGAUUAUCCGGAUCGACUGUUUUCGUCCGUUUCCCUAAGCUGGAAGAACUGCCAGCGCGACACGUCCGAUGUCAAGGAGCUGAUACCCGAAUGGUAUUUCCUGCCGGAGAUGUUCUACAAUGCGUCCGGCUACAGGCUGGGACAUCGCGAGGAUGGCGCCCUGGUGGAUGACAUCGAGCUACCCCCUUGGGCCAAGACCCCCGAGGAGUUUGUGCGCAUCAAUCGCAUGGCUCUCGAAUCGGAGUUCGUCUCCUGCCAGCUGCAUCAGUGGAUCGAUCUGAUAUUCGGCUACAAGCAGCGCGGACCAGAGGCGAUCCGGGCCACCAACGUGUUCUACUAUCUCACCUACGAGGGCAGCGUCGAUCUCGAUGGUGUGCUCGAUCCGGUGAUGCGCGAGGCAGUCGAAAAUCAAAUACGCAACUUUGGCCAAACGCCCAGCCAGCUGCUAAUGGAGCCGCAUCCACCGCGCAGCUCGGCCAUGCAUCUAUCGCCCAUGAUGUUCAGUGCCAUGCCCGAGGAUCUGUGCCAGAUGCUCAAGUUCUAUCAAAAUUCGCCCAUCAUACACAUCUCGGCCAACACGUAUCCGCAGCUAUCGCUGCCAUCCGUCGUCACGGUGACCGCUGGCCAUCAGUUUGCGGUGAAUCGCUGGAACUGCAACUACACCGCAUCCGUCCAGAGUCCAAGCUAUGCUGAAUCGCCGCAGUCGCCUGGCUCCAAUCAGCCGCUAACCAUUGAUCCAGUGCUGGCUGUGCAUGGCACCAACAACAACAGCCAUGCGGUGAGCCGUCGUCAUUUGGGCGAUAACUUUAGCCAAAUGCUUAAGAUUCGUUCCAAUUGCUUUGUGACCACCGUGGACAGUCGCUUUCUCAUUGCCUGCGGCUUCUGGGACAACAGUUUUCGUGUGUUUGCCACAGAGACAGCGAAAAUCGUGCAAAUCGUCUUUGGGCACUUCGGCGUCGUCACGUGCAUGGCUCGCAGCGAGUGCAACAUUACCUCGGAUUGCUACAUAGCUUCCGGUUCAGCGGAUUGCACGGUGCUGCUCUGGCACUGGAAUGCCCGCACCCAGAGCAUCGUCGGCGAGGGAGACGUGCCCACGCCACGUGCCACUCUGACGGGUCACGAGCAGGCUGUCACCUCGGUAGUCAUCAGCGCAGAGCUCGGACUAGUUGUGUCGGGUUCAACGAACGGCCCUGUCUUGAUACAUACAACUUUCGGUGACUUGCUGCGCUCGCUGGAUCCGCCCGUCGACUUCCACUCGCCGGAGCUGAUAACCAUGUCGCGCGAGGGCUUCAUAGUCAUCAACUAUGACAAAGGCAAUGUCGCGGCCUACACCAUCAAUGGCAAGAAGCUGCGCCACGAGACACACAACGACAAUCUGCAGUGCAUGCUGCUCUCGCGCGAUGGCGAGUAUCUGAUGACUGCCGGAGAUCGCGGCAUUGUCGAGGUGUGGCGCACUUUCAAUCUGGCGCCGCUCUAUGCCUUCCCCGCCUGCAAUGCGGGCAUACGCUCGCUGGCUCUCACUCACGAUCAGAAGUAUUUGCUCGCUGGCUUGUCAACUGGUUCGAUCAUUGUGUUCCACAUUGACUUCAAUCGCUGGCACCAUGAGUACCAGCAGCGCUACUAAGCCGCAGAGCGCGAGCGAGAGGCGAACGGCACGGCACGACGCGGCACGAACAGCUGAAUCAAAAGGAGAAAGAGAAACGCAGCCAGCUUGGGCAGGCAAGUGCAAUUGCAAUGGCUGCAGAGAGCGCAACGAUGUAUUUAGGUGCAGAGAUACGAGUAUUUGUUUGUUUGUUUGUAUUUUGAGUUUCGGUUUUCGAUCGAUAGACAUUUACAAUUCUAGGCUAGUAAGCAAACGAAACUAUAUAUUUUUUUUUGUCUAGUAUUACUUAACGUAUAGCAUAUAUAUAUUACUAGUACGUUGGUGUGCCAGUCACAGUCAAAACACAUUUUUUUACUAGUUAUACGGCGUCUAGUUGACUAAGUUACAGCAAUGACACAAGCGAACGGCGAACGUGAAACAAAUACAAAGCAAAUUAUUGAGAAAACACAACAAGCAAUCGGCUUAAGUUGAGUAGUUUUAAUAAGUAUGGAAAACUCUAUGAAAACAAAGUAAAUCUAAAUGACAAGUUAGUGUUUAUAAAACGCAAUUAGCAGUU